AUUCGUGAUGUAUUUUCGAGUGACGCCGUAGCCAUGAUUGUUUAGUUUCGGGGGGAUGAAAAGUGAAUGCGAGCAACGGAUUUGAAUGAAACGCGUGUGAUCGCAACAUAUCGACUUGUUUCUUUAUUUAAUGAGUGUGUUUGUUAAUUGAGAAAUAUGGCCAAUUAGAUAUUUGUCUGAAAUGUGGUUACGAAGUGAACAUGUUAGUAGAAGACUACGUGGUCGUUUAAAUAUAAGUUGUACAUCUGAAACUAAAAUAUAUAAUUAUCGGGUACAAGUUAGAAACAUACGAAAACUUCCUUCUGUAAAUAAUAAUAAUCAUCGCAUUAAUGUACCAAACAAAUAUGGUAGGCUGACACGAUGGAGACGUAGAUGUACUCAUUUUUUAAAAGAGGCUUGUAAAGAAAAUGUUUUACGUUUCGCAAAAUCUGCGCCUAGUAGACGAGUGAGAGGACCUCGUAGAAGAAAAUGCAUAAAACGAUCAAUGGUUACUUCAACACCCUUACAUCGAACUUCUACAAAAAAUGCAGUUACUCCAGCAAAAUGUACAACAGUAUCAAAAGUUUCUGAAGAAUCUAAAGAAAACUGGAAUGUAACUAGUUUAUCUUUAUACUCAUCCAUAUUAAAUACAGACACAUGUUGUUCCUCCAUAUCCAGUAUAAAUGAUUUCAAAUCUUCAGUUCCAAGUGCAUCAAUACUGUCAAAUCUAAUGCCUCCAGCAUCCAUAGGAUCAAAUUCAGAUUUUUCAUAUAUAUUGGAUGAUGAAGAAAGUAAAAAUAUUGAUACUAGAUCGCUAUAUUACUCCACUUCUUGCUCACAAACAGAAAUAUCUGAAGAAUGUUAUAGUUUAAUGCAUUCUGCAUCCAUGUAUGGAACUCGUUCUUAUUCAUUAGAAAAGUAUUUUCCAAAUGGAAAAUACGCACUUAGCAAUAAUAAUGCGAAUAACAGUAAUUUGUCAAAAAAUCAAUGUUCUGUUGACAGUCAUCUGUCAAAAUAUGAUUCUAAUUUUGCUACUACAAAGUAUGGUACAUCAACCAUGUACAGUCUAAGCCAUCAUCAUCCAUCUGAUACAAAUGGAAAUGUUACUGAAAAAUACGAUUCCGAUGAUAUUGAAAAUAAUUAUCAUGAUAUUGAAUAUAUGGAAGUUGGAAGUGAGGAAAUAGUAGAAAGUUGUGAUAUGGAAAAUAUGGUUACUCAUGUCCAAGAAGAUUGGGAACCAUUUGAUCCUUAUGUCUUCAUUAAACACUUACCACCUUUAACUCCAGCAAUGAGAGCUAGAUGUCCUGCUCUUCCUCUUAAAACAAGAAGUAGUCCAGAAUUUAGUCUCGUAUUAGAUUUAGAUGAAACAUUAGUUCAUUGUAGUUUACAAGAACUUUCGGAUGCAGCAUUUCGUUUUCCUGUCGUCUUUCAAGAUGUAACGUACACAGUGUUUGUCAGAACACGACCUUAUUUUCGUGAAUUUUUAGAACAUGUUUCAUCACUAUAUGAAGUUAUUCUUUUUACUGCGAGUAAACGAGUUUAUGCAAAUAAAUUAAUGAAUCUAUUAGAUCCAACACGAAAAUUGAUCAAGUAUCGUCUGUUCAGAGAACACUGUGUUUGCGUAAAUGGAAAUUAUAUCAAGGAUUUAUCUAUACUUGGUAGAGAUUUAUCUAAAACUGUUAUUAUUGAUAAUAGUCCACAAGCAUUUGGAUACCAGUUAGAAAAUGGUAUUCCUAUAGAAAGUUGGUUUGCUGAUCGUUCAGAUAAUGAAUUAAUGAAAUUGUUACCUUUCUUAGAAAAUUUAGUAAAUUGGGGUGGAGAUGUUAGACCACGUAUUAGAGAACAAUUUCGACUCUUCAGUUUUUUACCACCAGAUUAAUUUAGUUAAUUCUAAUUUUAUCAAAUUAAUUUAGUUGAUAAGCAAAAUUAAAAUUUAAAAAAUAUGCUAGCCUACAUAGGUACGUAUAUGUAUAAUAUCUUACAGAUAAUUGUAAGAUAUUAAUACAAAACGUGCAAUAAUACAAAAAAAAAAAUACCGGUGUAUUAAAUAAUGUUUUAUAAAAAAAAUCAUUAAACUGACUAAAAACCAAAAUUUAAUCAAUUUAAUACAAAUUGAAAUAAUUAUUAUGAUUUUCAUAAGAUAUAUAAAAAAGAAGUUAAUUUAUUAUAAAAUAUAAUAAAUUUUGUACUUGUGUUCUUAAAUGUGAACUUAAAUUAAUUUUAUUACAAAAUUUAAAAAUGUAUUUGAAAAAUCAAUAUCUUAACAUUGUUAAGAAAUAUUACAAUGUAUAGUAGUUACUAGAAUCUAUAUUUAUCAAACUUUGGGCAGGUACCAAUUAAUAAAUAUCAAAUAAUAAAACUUUAUGAAUUACAUAGAGACCAAUCAAGAUUUGAUACUAAUAAUUGCUAGAGCAAGUAAAUUUUAUAAAUAUUUUAAUUCAAAUUGAUUAAAAUCAAAGUUACAUAUUUGUUGAUAAAUUGCUCUAGCAAAUUAUAAAUAACUUUCAAUUAAAAUAUAUAUCAUGUUCUUAUAAUAAAAAAUAACUAAAAGUUAAUUAAAAGAUACAUUGAAUUAAGAGAUGCUAGAAAUCAAAACAUAUUUAUUCACAUUUUUUGUUCAAAAAUUUUUAUUCAAUCAAAUUCAACUUUUAAUUUUUUUUUAAAUGAUAUAAUUACAAAAUUAUGAAAUCAAUUACUAUUAUUAUUCAUUAUAUACGGAGAUAUGAAAAACAUUUAUCUAAUUUAUCUAAUAAAAAAUAUUAUUUAUCUAAUUAUAAAAUAAAUUAAACAGAAAUAUCAUUUAUGAGAUGAAAUUAUUGCAAUAAUUUAAUUAUUUGUUUAAAAAAAUAGUAAAUUCAUUGAUUAGUAACAAAAUAUACUGAUAGAAUAAAUAUAGAUGAACAAAAUAUAAACUUCCAUUUUCAAAUAACUUCCGUUUUCACUAGUUUUUAUUUCUGUGAAUAAUCCAUACAUAGUAAAAAUCAUAUAUUAACAAGUUUUAAACUUAAAAGAUUUGAGGAGAUAUUAAACUUGUACUUUUAAAACAAAGAUAUGUUUAUGUUAAUUACAAUUAUAGCUUAUAUUUUUGACUUAUUAUAUAUUUUUAAACAUUUUCGCACAAAUAAUUCAAUUUUUAGUUAAAAUAUGCUAUAAAUUUUUUAGAAUAAAUAAUUAUUGUUUAUAGUUAUCAUUUUGUGCAAAUAAUUGUUAUAUUUUUAAAUAUUUUCUAUCAUAUAGUAAUAUAUACAUUUCAUUUUAUGAAAAUAUGUCUUCUAUUCAAGUUUAGUUAUAAAUAAAUAUGAUCUCUAAUUAUCUUUAAUCGGUAUAUUAAAAAUAUAAAUUUUUAAAUUUUUCAAUUGAGCACUGCAAGUAUAAAUCAGUGUAGACUACAAGUUCUUUGAGUAUGAAUAUAUAUAUUCAUAAUUUUUUAAUUAUACAAGUACAUGUUGAUAUGUACGUAUCUGUAUAAGCGUGUGUGUGACAAUUAUAUCGUUAUACCCUGCUAUAUCUAAUAAAAUUAUAGAAUUGCGUGUAAUUUAUAGUCAGAAAUUUAUAUCGAAAAAUCAUAAUUUAGUAAAGCCAUGUUACAUCUUGUAGUUUAUUAUACUUCAAGAUUGUAUGCGCAUUUCACAUCACGAAUUUACAGAUGUGUAAGAUCAAUCAUUUUAUUACAAAUAUGAAAAUAUUUGAUUUUUCUGUACUGUAUUAUUUUUUCUUUUAUUGUUUUUUUUUUUCAAAUUUUUUAAAGUAUUAAGAUGUUACAUAAAUUUAUCAAAUAAGAUUUAAUUUAUUAAUUUAAUUUUCUAUGAAUAUAUUAUAUGAUAGUAAAAAUGACUGAUUUAUCAUUGUAAAUUGCAGUAUGUAUUUUUUUUCCAUAUAAUAGCUUUUUUCUUUAUGAAUAACAAAUUAUGAACUACUUAUAUUUUUCUUUAGAAUACUGUAUUCUCAUAUGUAUUAUAAUCAUAAUUUUCACAUAUAUUUGUUAUUGAAAAAUUACUAGAAGAAAUAAAAAUAGUAGGGAGCUGAGGAAAAUACAUGCUUGUUACAUAUAAAAUAAGUCCUUAUGUUAUUUAAUCUUUUAUUUAUCAUUGAAGAAUGAAUAUAUUUAAACAUAAAUUGUUGUGAUUAGAAAAUAAAUGCUAUUUAUUUAAUGAUAUUCCUAUACGCAAAGGUAUUAAAUUACAAACAAUAUUUCGAAACAAGAAUUUUUCUCUAUUAAUAAAAUAUAAGUUUUAAUAAAAAAAAUUGAAGAUGAAAAUAUAA